UUGAUUGGCUGUAAAGAGUGACAAGGCAGUAAUACAGCCAAUAGUAAACAACGGUAUUUCCCAGGACGAGUGUUACAUGGAAAUAAACUGGAGGUUAAUGCGAUUGUUUAAAACACUUCGCUUCUUUUUUUGUUAAUAUUUAAACAUGAGCAAAAUCGGAGCUUUAUUACGGAGAACGUUUGGGAUGGUAAAACAGCACAUGGGGACCGAUACUUUUGGAAACAAAUAUUAUUAUAUCCCUGAGCAGAAAACUUGGACAGGACGGACCAUUCGAGCAAAGAGACUGGUGGAGCCAGUGAAUGCGAAGGAAUAUGAAUAUCAAGAAGGAAGCAUUCCAUCGGAAUGGGAUGCCUGGAUUCGUGGAAGAAGAAAGAUCCCACCUACUAUUGAGGAGCUUCUAAAAAAUGAACGAUACAGAGAGCAGAUCAAAUUCCGAGCCAAAGAAGUUGAAGAAAAGGAGAUGCUAAUUCAAGCCAACGAGUACGAGGAAGGGCUUGUGGCUCGACCUGCUCAGACACAAAUUAAAGGACAUGCCUCCGCACCUCACUACAGGGAGGAACAGCUGUCUGCAGAACCCAGCAGCACUGCCAACACCUUCCAGCCUGGCUCCUGGACCCCUCCCAAGGACCAGAGCACAAAAGCAUGACUGGGCUGUCUAGAGACCUGCCAAGAAUCUCUGCAGAACAUGAAAUAAUCCACUCUGUUCUCCUACAGAAAUAUACACUGCAUUACAGUAGUUGGAUACAGUAGUUCUGCAGAGUAGUAUUCUAGUAGGAAUCCCUUUUUGAAGUAAUGUUUGCGUGGGUUACAUUAACUGGUGUUUAUCAAGACAGCAUACAAUGUAAAUAAUCAUACUGUGUAUUAUUUUUUGUGAAUAAAGUUGUUCUUGAAGUAA